GAUUGCUACUGCUACGGAUUGGAUGAGUUCAGAGGUUGUGUACUAUAGGAAGCUGGCUCCAGCUUUGAACACUCCCUCAAUUCAUUUCUCGCAAAUUGAAACUCUCACUGGAUCGAAUUUCAAACGAUGGAAGUUCGAUCUUGAUGUUGCACUAGGCAUGAGUGAUAUCGAUUAUGCUAUGACUCAAGAAGAGCUGACCAGACUUGUUGCAAAUUCCUCUGCUGAAGUUAAGAGGGUGCAUAAAGCGUGGAGGAUGGCGAAUAAGGUUUGUCUGCUAGUUAUGAAGAAGACUAUAACGGAAGCCAUUUUUGGUGGAGUUCCAAAAAUAGAAAGUGCCAAGCAGUUCAUAGAAUCCAUUGAGAUGAAAUUUAAGGAAUCUGGCAAGGCUGAAACGAAGAACCUCAUGUCUAGGCUGGCUAAUACGAAGUAUGAAGGAGGAGGCAGCAUAAGAGAACAUCUCAUGGGACUCGUGGAUAUUGCUGCCAAAUUGAACAUGUUGAAAGUACAUAUUGCCCCAAACUAUCUAGUACAUAUUGCGCCAGAAUCCCUACCUGAUGAGCAGAUGAAGUUCACCUACAACACCCUGAAGGAGAAUUGGACAAUAGAUGACCUAAUUACAAUUGCUGUUCUUGAGGAGAAUAGGUUGAAAGCUUAUAGUGGUGUGGUUGAUGUGGUCAGUGCUAGGAAGUAUGGAAAUAAGGGUGCUGCAAAAUCGAGAAUAAAGAAGCAGAGUCAGUCUCAAAAGAACAACCAUCUUGGCGUGACCCCUACCACUGAAUUCAAGUGCUACUUAUGCUAG